AUGGACCCGGGCGCUGCUCCCGCAGCGGAUAUGGACGCUGCCGCUGCGAUUGCAGCAAUGGAUCCCUUCCCUGACAUGUCUGAGGAGGAGGUGGUGGCGCUGCUGCAGUCGUAUGAAAAGAGCGGCAUGGCGCUCGGCCCCGUGCCGGAAGACCUGCGGGAAAUGCUGAAGAAUGUGAAACGUGGCAAGGGUCAACCCGUUGAGGAGACCCCCACAGAGGAGAUCACACCGCAGCCAGGCUUCGUCAUCAAGACAACCGACCAGACCGGCCGCAAGGUCUUCAUCAACGUCUGCACCAGCGACCGCAUCCCGGCGCCCGGCGGCUGGGGCGGCGGCCUGCUGCCUGAGGCCGUCGAGGCGGCGCUGGCCAAGGCGGACGACCCCAGCAGCACUGAGGCCCUGCGGUUCCCCAUGAGCGUCGGUUCACUGCGCGCGGACGAGGACAAGCGCGGCGACGCGUGCUCCGCGGUGGACGUCGUGAUCAGCUCAGAGGUGGCGGCGGCGGCGGCGGCGCACCGGCCCCUCAAGGCGUUCCUCAUUGACCUCAUCCUGGGGCACGCGGGGCAGAAGCACAGGCUGGAGCUUGACCCGAAGUUCAAGCUGCCGAGGAUGGCGUACAAGGGAGCCGCCGGGCCCGAGCCGCAGCGGGUGCGCGCGGAGCGCAAGCAGCUCGUCACAGAGGUCAGGGGCGGCGGCGGCGACGCGCGGGCCAAGGCGGCGGGCGCGGCGUCAGGCCGUGCGGUGUUGACGGCGGGCGCAAAGCAGCAACAGCAGCAGCAGCGGCAGGGGCGGCGGCAACAGCAGCAGCAGCAGCAGCAGCAGCAGCAGCAGCAGCGGCGGGACCAGGGGCCGCGGGCUCUGGCGCACAAGCUGGAGUUUGAGGGGCAGCCAGCCCGGGCCGCCGUGGUGACGGUGCAGCUCGGGAGCGGCAGCUGCGGCGGCAAAGGGAGAUUUGUGCCCGCAGAGAUCAAGGUGGAGGUGGAUGGGCAGGAGGUUUUUGUGUCGGCGGCUGGUUGCCAGGAUCUCAGCAUACAGCUGCCAUUCGCGGUGACGGUGGACGGGGCAGCGGCGAGGCUGGGAAUCGUGGGCGAGUUUUUGGACGCGGGGCAGGAGCAGCAAGAGGCACAGCAGGUACUGCGGCUGCGGUUGCCUUACCUGCCAUUGCGGCAGUGGGUGGACGACAUCAAAGCGGCGGCGCCGAGGGCGUUUGGGGCGCUGCCAGUCGCUUCAGACGCCUACCUGGAGUUGUCCUAG